CGGGCUACAAAGACCCAUCGCGGGUCAUGUUACUUGCAGUAAGCAGAAGGACAUGAGACAUGGACACCAGCACUUCAAACAUGGAACCGGAACCCUCCAAGGCCAAUCGUAACCUUCUUCACAUCCACUUCGUCUCGUCAACCGACUCUCCCGAGUUCGCUCGUUUGAACUGGGCACUGACUCAUUCCUCUAUCAUCGGACUCGACGCCGAAUGGAAGCCUGUCCGAGCGCACCAACCCACCUUCCCCACCGUUUUGCUUCUCCAAAUCGCUUGUCGACUCAAUUCCGACGAGUCAACUCAGGAGCACGACAAGUCGAUAGUCUUCCUAGUAGACCUAUCGGAGAUCCUUUUGCCUUCGAUCUACGAGCUGCUAAGAGACGUAUUCGUAUCUCCGGAUAUUUUAAAGCUAGGGUUUCGAUUUAAACAAGACCUGGUUUACUUGUCAUCUACUUUUCGUUCUCAGGGAUGUGAUUCUGGCUUUGAUAGGGUGGAGCCAUUUUUGGAUAUUGCAACCAUAUACAGUCAUCUACAUCAGAAGCAAACGAGAAGAAAGACCAAGGGUACCAAGAGCCUAUCAUUCAUAUGUGAGGAACUUCUGGGCAUAUCUCUUUCAAAGGAACUUCAAUGCAGUGAUUGGUCAGUUCGUCCUCUUACAGAAGACCAAAGGACUUACGCUGCUACAGAUGCUCUUUGUUUGAUUGAGAUUUUCGAUUUCUUUCAGCAGAGAGUUGCCAAAGAAGGGGCCUUGGGAAAUCUGAGUGAAGUCAGUAGUUCAAGUUUAAAUCUGGGGUUAAAGCAGAUUCUGAGGGAACCUACCAGUUCCACAAUAAUCUUGAGUACCAGAUUUUGUGAGGCUGUGGAGAUGGUGAGAGCUACAGCUACGAUUAUUGAAUACCCUCAAAGAGUAGAUGGUAUUGGUGAAGUGGGAGCAAGUUUUAGGAAAUCAAUGGAUUACAUGGUGUUGCAGAUUGUAAGAGAAUAUGGUGAUAAAAUAGUUUUGACAGAAACAGAUGGAAAGCCGAAAACAUCAAAAAGAAAAGGAAAAAGGAAAUCCUCGACUACUGGUUUUAAAUGUAAAGAACAGCGAGUAUAUGACACUGAUGAAUGGCAUUGGCAGGGCCCAGCACCAUGGGACAUUUUGGUGGGGGGUGAUGGAAGCCCAAAGUUUCUGUGCGAUGUCAUGGUGGAGGGGUUGGCGAAACAUCUAAGAUGUGUUGGGAUUGAUGCUGCUGUUCCCCAUUCUAGAAAGCCAGAAAGCAGGGAGUUGAUAGAUCAAGCUAUAAAAGAGAAGAGAGUUGUUCUGACAAGGGAUGCGAAGCUGUUGAGACAUGAGUAUCUGUUAAGAAAUCAGAUAUACAGAGUGAAAAGCCUAUUAAAAAACGACCAGCUAAUUGAGGUGAUUGAAAGUUUUGAGUUGAAAAUAUGUGAGGAUCAGCUGAUGUCAAGGUGCACUAAAUGCAAUGGCAGGUUUAUCCAAAAACCACUGUCCAUGGAAGAGGCGCUUGAAGCAGCAAAGGGAUUUCAAGUCAUCCCUGACUGCUUGUUUGACAGGAACAUCCACUUCUGGCAGUGCACAGACUGCAAUCAACUCUAUUGGGAGGGAACUCAAUACCACAAUGCAGUUCAGAAAUUUAUUGAUGUGUGUAACAUAUAAACCCAACUGCAUUUGCAUCUUUAAUUACUUAAUUCUUGUUGGUUACAAAACUCUUUUUAUUUACCAUGGUAUGCUAAGCUUCAUAAUAAAACAAUAAUCACAUUAAAAUGUUUUUUUUU